CGAAGCGAAGAGUGGUUAAUGGCUGCCUCAAGCACCGCGGCUGUCGCUGGGGGAACGCGGAAGUCCCGUACUGGCGUCCCGGCGCAGCGGCGGAGGACAGUCGUAAGCGGCAAGGUUAUUGUGUUUGGUGCAGUAAGCGCUAAUGACUGGUUUCACAAGUGUGAGCCUUUGGUAUUUGUUUUUUGAUGCUCUCCUAUUUCCAUCAAAGUCGUCAAAGGCAAAAAAGUCCAAAACCCUGCAUACUCCUCCCAGACAAAGGAAGAAAUGCAUCUGAAGCUUCUACCAAGAAAUACAAAUCAAGUGGAUGAGAUACAUAACUUAUGGCACCAGCACUGUCAUUUGAACAAACUGUGGGUGAUCUUCAUAGAGACUACUAAAGACUCCAGAGAAUUCAUUUUUAGGCAAAAUAAGUGAAAUAAGUUGGUCUAAUAAAGUAAAAUGGAUCCUUGCUCAGUUGGAGUUCAGCUUCAAGCUCCCAAUGAAUGCCAUAAGACCUAUUAUACCCGUCACACUGGCUUCAAGACUAAGCAAGAUGUAUCUUCAUCUGACCUACUGUUACUUCAGCUUAGGACUGGAAUAGCCCUUUCAGAGAAUGAUACAAUCUGCUUCCACCAUGCAAAAAUUUACAUUGAAAGAUUCGAAGACUUACAAAAAUCAUGCUGUGAUCCCUUUAACAUACACAGAAAGCUCUCAAAGAAAAGCUUGCGAGCAAUUGACUUAGAUGAUGCAACUUUUCUAAGUGCCAAGUUUGGAAGACAGUUUGUACCUGGUUGGAAGCUUUGUCCCAAAUGUAUGCAGAUAAUAAACGGGAGCACAGAUGUUGAAUCCGAAGAGCGCCAAAGAAGAAAACUUGAUUCAGACGGGCGCACAGCUAAGGCUUUAAAGUCUCUGCAGUUUGCUAAUCCAGGACGACAGACUGAAUUCACUCCUGAGACCAGUAAGAGGGAGAAAAGAAGGCUGCAAACAAAAAAUGCAGCAUUUAAUUCAGACAGGCAAGUUAUACCGGCCAAGAGUAAAGUCUACGAUAGCCAGGGACUGCUGCUUUACAGUGGGAUGGACCUCUGUGAUUGUCUUGAUGAAGACUGCCUGGGAUGUUUCUAUGCUUGCCCCAAGUGUGGCUCCAACAAGUGCGGAGCUGAGUGUCGCUGCGACCGCAAGUGGCUCUAUGAGCAAAUUGAGAUAGAAGGAGGAGAAAUCAUUAAAAAUAAGCACGUUGGUUAGCACAUGCCCACAUUUUCCCAUGCUUUGUGUAAACACUGCACCUUCCUUUGGUGGUUUCAAGAAAGCCACUGGAAUUUAUCACAAUGCACAUGAUUAAGUGUGCUCACUUCUGCAUUCACUUUCAUUGUGGAAAUUGUAAUCGCUGUCUUUUCACACCUCAUUCUACCUUGUACUCAUCCAAGUAAGUAUUCAGUGAACAGUCUUUCAUUGUAUUUAAGUCUAAGGUGCUGAAUAUUUGUGUGAUGCAUCCUGAGCCACUUGCAUUUCAUAUGCUGUUUUGGUGAUUGUACUAUCUUCAUAUAUCCCUCCUUUUUUUCCCCCUCUGGUUCAGGAUCUUGUGGUUUUGAAUCUGUCAUAUGGAACACUGUAAAGAUUCUUUGUGCAUUUACAUGCAGUAUUAGUAAAGCUCUCUCUAUUAAUACUGAGAGUGCUGUACUUUCCAUGUAUUGUCCCUGCUGCAUCUGAAAAAUUCAAUCCUCUUCACUUAAAAUGGAUUCAAAGACACUUAGGAGUUCAGAUCUUAUCCCAAGUUACUGGGAUUUGAGAGCAAGUUGUCCAUACAAAUUGAAACCUCACUGUUUAAAAUGAUACUAAAUUGUCAAGGGACUGAAAAACACGUGGAAGUACUUAGUUAUGGUAUUGGUUUGUUAGUUUCUGUCUCACAGCUGGAACAAUUUUGCAGUAUUUGUUACCAUUCUGUAUUUGGACUGGAACUUCAACAGCCUUCUCCUCAUCUUUUUUCACUUGUUUUUAAGGUAAAGGUUUACAUGCAGCUAAAACAAAUGUGAAUGAGCCAGCUCCUAAAUGCAGACUUGCUAGAAAAAUAAAGACACACACCAAAACUUGAGUUAAAUUUAAAUCUUGGGAUGCAUUAUAUAUCCUCAGAAUAAAAAC